AAGCAUGAUGGCUUCUGUACUUAGUAAGGAAUCUCUCGCCGUUUCUUUAUCUGUUGUUACACUACUCGUGGGACUCGCUCACUUCAACAUGAUCUCCCUCAAAUCUAUCUUCAAGUUUGUUUACAUUUGUCUUUGGAAAGUUGUCAAUAUCUUUGUCCACUGGCACAAACUCCCCACAUGGCUUGGUGUCCUCAAUCUCCUCGGUCUUCGAUAUGAACUCCGCGAGAAGAAUCUUCACGACACGUACCCCAAUGCUGAGUUCCAGGGCACUGCGGCAGAAUGCCCCAUGAAGAACUCAAAGUUCAUCGCGACUAGGAACUCAGAUGGCGAUUUCAAUGAUCUCAGUCAACCAAAGAUGGGUUGCGCUGGUAUGAGAUUUGGUCGAAAUGUUCCAAGAAAGUAUACCACGCCGCCAACUCAGCAAGAAUUGCUCACGCCCAACCCGAGGGUUAUCUCGGAGCGGAUCCUGGCUAGACCUGAAGGCCAAUUCAAACCCGCUGAGAUUGUCAACCUCCUCGCUGCAGCUUGGAUCCAGUUCCAGGUUCACGAUUGGGCCCAACACUUCCUUGUCACAGAUGGUGACAAAGACGUUGAGAUUCCUCUAGACAAAGCCGACAGAUGGUCUCAGCGUAUCAUGAAGAUCCCCCGAACCAAGAAAGAUCGCGCCCUUUCCCAACAGGAUCUAGAGACACCUGCUUAUACCAACGAGUGUACCCAUUGGUGGGAUGCCUCUCAGAUCUACGGAUCUACUGAAGCCGAGACAAAAGCUCUACGAGGCCAGUGCGAUAAAUCAUAUCCUGGUCAGCUUCAUGUCACGCGCGAAGAUGGUGUGCAGUUUCUCCCUCGAUCAGAAGAUGGUAUUCCCAAGACUGGUUUCAGACAAAAUUGGUGGUUGGGGCUUGAACUUCUUCAUACUCUGUUUGCACUGGAGCACAAUGCCAUUGCCACGCAGCUUCAUCUUUCGAACCCAAGCUGGUCGAGUGAUCAGAUCUUUGAUACUGCUCGACUUAUCAACUGUGCUCUUAUGGCCAAGAUUCACACUGUGAGUACACCUGUAUUCUGCAGCAUCGGCGCAACUGGUGGGGGACUCUUGGGUGACAAGCUCUGGCAUGUCUUUGGUCGUAUUUUUAACAACAAAUCAGAAGUCAUUUCCGGCAUCCCAGGCUCAGGCGUCGACCACGAUAAUGUCCCAUACUGCCUUACCGAAGAAUUCGUCUCCGUCUACCGUCUUCAUCCUCUUAUCCCAGAUAACGUCGCUUUCUUCAGUAUCAAAGAUGGUCAACACAAGGGAACUCUGCCAAUCAAAGACGUUGCAUUCGAGUCAGCUCGCAAGCCCUUUGACGAAGACAAAUCAGGCCUUGGCCUUUCCUUCGCUGAUGUCUUUUACUCCUUCGGCGUUAACUACCCAGGUGCCAUUCGAGCUCAUAACAUGCCGAAUUUCUUGCGCGACUUGAAUAUCCCGGGCGAUAAAGACUUCCCUCUUGGGAGACACUUGGAUCUGGGAACUAUUGACAUCCUUCGUGAUCGUGAGCGCGGCGUUCCUCGCUAUAACGCUUUCCGACGCCUCUUCCAUAUGGCACCUGCAAAAAACUUCCUUGAUCUUACAGGUGGUGAUGCCAAGCUAGCUGCUGAGUUAGAAGAAGUUUACGAUGGCGAUCUCGAGGCUGUGGAUCUGCUAGUCGGUACACUCAGCGAGCCUCUUCCCAAGGGUUUUGGCUUCAGUGACACUGCCUUCCGCGUCUUUAUUCUCAUGGCGUCCCGUCGCAUCAAAUCCGAUCGCUUCCUUGCUGGCGACGGUUGGUGCCCAGAGGUGUAUACUCAUGAGGGCAUCAAUUGGGUGCAGAAUAACACUAUGAAGGAUGUUUUGUGUCGACAUUUCCCUGAACUUGCUGCAACGCUGCACAAUGUCAAGAAUGCUUUCGCACCUUGGACCAAGAUCGGUCAGACUGAGGCUUACGCCGGCCCUGAGACAAACAAGGCAAAGAACUGAGGUGUUGGUUUAUGAAAAUGAGGAACGCCUUUUCUCUUUGGGAUUUUAUUCGGGGAAUGGUAGAUUGGAAGCACUUGGAGGGUAUUUGUAAUUAUUAAAUGAUGGAAGAGCUCACUUGUUGUUACCUCUGUUCCUGAUAUAUGAGAAACUAGAGGAUAUUACGAAGCUACCUAUCAACAAAUUGCACACCUUUUUCAAAC